GGGAAGCAUAGUCCAAGACCGCGCAGAGCAGCCUGGGCCUCCCCGUCUGCGAGGGCGCGGUCUUGUCUCCUUGGCCCUCUCUCGGUCCGCUCUUGCCACACUGGACAGAUGGGAAUUCGCGCGGCUGGAGCCUCCUUAGCCCCGCGUCCUGGGCGAGGCCCUCCACAGUCGUGCCGCCCGGAGGCUUGUGAGAGUUACAGGCCGACAGGUCCGUGAGUAAAGCCGCCUCGAAGCCCACCAGCCAGGGGCGCGGCCUGAGGACGCCGGCCGGACGGCGAGCGGAGAGAUGGCUUGGCGAGCACAUCAGGGCGGGGCCUCAGCCCAGAGGCGCGUGCACGCGGCUUCCCGCCGGCAUCAAGCCACCGACAAAGCAAAAAGAAGUCCAUUUGGGGGUUUCCUGAGUUGGAAGGAAACAAUGGAAGGUUGUUAUACUCGUUUCCUGUGGCUGCUGUAAAAAGUUGCCAAUGGCUUCAAACUAUACAUCACUGCCUUCCCAGCACUCCGCCUCUCUCUGAACGUGGAGCCUGAAGGUAAGGGAAAGGAUGCCUGCUGCACGGCGGAAAUCCAAAUCCAAGGCACCAGUGACUUUUGGGGACUUGGCUAUCUACUUCUCCCAGGAGGAGUGGGAAUGGCUAAGCCCCAUUCAAAAGGAUUUGUAUGAAGAUGUCAUGUUGGAAAACUACACGAACCUGGUCUCACUGGGUCUUUCCUCUCGAAGGCCAAAUGUCAUUGCCUUACUGGAGAAAGGGAAAGCACCCUGGAUGGUGGAGCCUCCAAGACGACGCCAGGGCCCAGACUCCAGGUCUAAGUGUGAGGUGAAGAAAUUACCACCAAAUCAGUGCAACAAAUCUGGGCAAAGCAGCUGUCAGAAACCAGUUUCUACAAAACAAAAGGUUCCAACAGGGAGCAGGGGCUACAGCAAAAGUUCAUUCCUAAGCAAACCCAAGAAAGGUAAUUCAGGGAAGAAAGCCUUAAAAUGUGAUUACUGUGCUAAAACCUUUAGUCAAAGCAUCUCUCUUAAACUGCAUCAGAACUCACAUACUGGAGAGAGACCUUAUGAAUGUGGUAAUUGUAGAAAAGCUUUCAGACAGAUCUCAUCUCUCAUUCUUCAUCAGAGAGUUCACAAUGGGAAGAAAAGCCAUGAAUGUGAUAAAUGUGGGGAAAGUUUCAAUAACAAAAUAGGCUUUAUUCUACAUAGAAAAAUUCAUAAUGGAAAGGAAAUGUCUAAUUGUGGGAAGGGUUUGAGUUCAUGUCCAUCUCUCAGUGUACAUCACAACAUCCAAAUUGUGGAGAGAGUCUACCAGUGCAGAAAAUGUAGGAAAGCCUUUAGUCGGAAUUCAUCCCUUUUAGUUCAUAAGAGAAUUCACAGUACAAAGAAAAUACAUAAAUGCAAUAGGUGUGGGAGAGGCUUCAAAAAGAAACCAGCCCUUGUUACCCAUGAAAAAAUUCAUAUUGGAGAGAAACCUCAUAAAAGUGUGAAGGCCUUAAGUCAGAGUGUGAUGCAGAGAAGUCACCAUUUAGAGAAUGCCUUUAAAUGUGGAAAAUGUGGGAAAUCCUUUAGUAGGAUUUCACCCCUUCUGCUUCAUCAGAAAAUUCAUGCUUCAGGUAAACCCUAUAAAUGUGACAAAUGUGAGAAGGACUUUAGGCGCCUUUCAACCCUUAUUCUGCAUCGAAGGGUUCACAGUGGAAAGAAGCUGUACAGAUGCAAUAAAUGUGAGAAGGUCUGUAAUCGGCAUUCAUCCCUCAUUCAACAUCAGAAAAUUCAUAAACGGAAGAAGAAGCUCUUUGAGUGUAAGGAAUGUGGAAAGAUGUUUUCUGGAACUGCAAACCUUAAAAUACAUCAGAACAUUCAUUCUGAAGAGAAACCUUUCAAGUGCAAUAAAUGUAGUAAAGUUUUUGGUCGCCAGUCAUUCCUUAUUGAACAUCAGAGGAUUCAUACUGGAGAAAAGCCCUAUCAGUGUGAGGAAUGUGGGAAAGCGUUCAGCCACCGAAUAUCCCUAACUCGACACAAGAGGAUUCAUACUGAAGACAGACCUUAUGAAUGUGACCAGUGUGGGAAGGCCUUCAGCCAGAGUGCACAUCUUGCCCAGCACGAGAGAAUCCACACUGGAGAGAAGCCGUACACCUGUAAGACAUGUGGGAAGGCCUUCAGUCAGCGCACCUCCCUCAUCCUCCAUGAAAGAAGUCAUACCGGAGAGAAACCCUACGAGUGCAAUGAGUGUGGGAAGGCGUUUAGCAGUGGCUCAGACCUCAUUCGACAUCAGAGAAGUCAUUCUUCGGAGAAACCCUAUGAAUGUAGCAAGUGUGGGAAGGCGUAUAGUCGGAGCUCGUCCCUGAUUCGACAUCAAAACACUCAUUCUGAGGAAAAGGCCUAAUGUUUUAAAUCUGUAAAAGCUAAGAAUGAGGUUAUCAAAGAAGCAGUCACAGGCAUGGGCGAAAUGUACAGAUCUUCCUUAGGGGUUGGGGUUGUGUCCUGAGAAACUCCCCAAGGUUGAAAAUAUAGUGAAUAACACACUUGAAGUACCGAACAUCAGAGCUUUGCAACACAGCCCAGUGCAGAGUACCGAUCAUUCAUCAUUGCACGGCUGACAGGGAGCUGUGCCCACUACUGCCGCCCAGCACCAUGAAAGAGCAUCAUACUGCCUGCUGCUAGCCUAGGAAAAGAUCACAUCCUGAAGUACAGUUGCUACAGAACAUAUUGCUUCUGCACCAUCAUAAAGCCAAAACUCACAGGUUAAGCCUUUGUAUAUUGAGGUCUGUCUGUACCUGUCUCUAAUAUAAAUUGUGUAUAUAUGGGGUGAUGUGAUGAUGUAUCCCACUUUGAAAGCCAAAGAACAAAAGUCACUGGUGACUUUUGACCUCUGGAUUUGAAACCAACUGAGGCAAGCUCAGGAGAAAGAUAAGUCUUUUGAGGAUGAAGGCUAUUUUUCUUUGAUGUUUUAUUUUCUAGUGUAGUUUUGAAGAGACUUCACUGGCCACAUGCCACACAAUGGAAUUGUGAAGUCUGGUUUUGUAGAUGGGGCGUUGAGCCUGAUUUGAGUUCACAUGAGUUUGAGUCAGUUCCUCAGAACCAAAACUGUCCCAUAAAAAGGAGUUCCUGGCAAAAUAGGAUGCUGCUUUCACCUGACAGUCUUUAGGGGGAUAAAGAUAGCACCUGUGAUGGUGUGCAGCAGCAGUGUUCACCAUACUGUCUUCAUGGAUUUGAAGACAUGGUGUGAAAAUUGAAUAUGGCCAAGACAGGCUAAUGGGGAAGAACCAUGAGGUGGUAACAAAAUGAGGAACUUCAGAGCAGGGAGAAAAUUUAUAUUUGAAAAUAAAUUGUUUAUAUUUAUAUGACUAUAUAUUGGUAUUUUCAUGUAAUACCGAUGUGUAAUAAGUGACUUGUGAAAUGUGUUACAGACUAAAUGUGUGUGUCACCCAAAAAUCACAUGCUGAAGCCCUCACCCUCAAUGUGUGGUAUUUGGAAAUGGGGCAUCUGGGAAGUAUUUAGGAUUACAUGAGGACAAGGCUUCAUGAUGGGUCAUUGCCCUUAGAAGAAGAGAUACCAGAGAGCUUACUCUCUGCACCAUGCAAGAGCAUAGGAAGGCAGAUGUCUGCAACCAAGGAGACAGCCCUCCCUGGAACCUGACCUGGUAGACAUUCUGAUCUCAGAUUUCCAGCCUCUGGAACUGAGAAGUUAAUUCUGUUGUUUAAGUCCCCCGUCUGUGGUGUUUUAUUAUGUCAGCUCAAGUGGACCAAAACACUGGGGAACCUCUAGGUAUAUAUACUGGGCUCUUUUCAUUUCAGCUGUUUGCCUGUUUCCAGUGUGUGUAAAACAUGUCAGAAAUAAAGUCAGAGCUCUGUUUUGUGAUUAA